AACGCCCCCUAGCGGCCAUUUCAGAAACUUGAAAAUGUUUUCCAGGUUUUUCUCUUAGUCAUUUUAAUGAUAACUUUUUUGUUGCAAGCCUCGACGAUGGAUAUGAUCCCAGAUACCGUACUUCGCAUUAUUAGUUGGUCACCCUGUUUAACAGCUAGUGCUAAGUUGACAUCUUGUGAAAAACCUACAUAAUGUCACAAAAAACCUAAUAAUGUCAAAAAAACCCACGUAAUGUCACUUCAAGAUACGUAAUACCCCUUCCGUUCCAAUAAAAAAGAUAAACAGACGAUUGAUUCGUUUGCCAAGAACAAAAAACCAUACGGCCAAAUAAUUUCGAAGAGCAUCAUUAACCAGGCUCACAUGGAGAAGAAUGGUGAUCAAUGAGACUAGUGAAUGGGAAACAGAUCACAAGGAAUGAAGGCAUAUACAGAAGAUUAUAAUUAUAUUUUAGCAAUUUGCUUGGAUCCUUGGUUGAAUUCAUAUUAUUAAGUUUGACGUCGACUUCUGGGACACUCUGUAUAUAAAUUGACAAUAAGAAUAAUAUAAAUGUCGGAGCUGUAGCAUGACAAUGUCUUAUCAUGUAUCAUACAUAUUAAAGUACGACAUUUUCUGUACAGCAAAUAAACGUGUAUCUUGACUUA